UAAUUCUCUUCUUGGUGGUGUCUCAUGAACUAUUUCUCUUGUUUUCAUUCUUUUAUUCUUUUAUGUAAUUUGCUUCAACGUAUGAAUGCGUUCAAUCAGUAUCUCUAGCUUUUAACAUAUUUAGGCUCUUUCCACAUUGAUAAACAAUUCAACAUAUAGUUUUGAUUUCAAAGGUUCAUUCUUUUUUAAUAAUUUCGAUCAGUGGGUAUCUGCCAUUUUCUUUAUUUGAUUAUUGGUUCUAGUCUAUUUGAAGUUUAGGACUUCUGCUGUACUAAUCAAUGGUGGAGCUCCAACCUUGUGCUAGUUUGGUCAAUGCUUCUGCAUUGUGUGCUAUAGAGCAUGAGGUGAAAGGAGAAGGUACUGUCAUUAAUGCCAUUGCAGAGAUGUCAGCAGAGUUGCAGAGGGAAAGAGAGAAAAAUGCACAACUUAUGCAGAGGAUAUCAGUUCUUGAGGCUCAAAUACAAGGAAGAGAUAAGGAAACAUUUGUUGCUAAUGGUCAAGAUAGUUGUGUCAAUGCAACAGAAAGAAGCCUCAAGAAGUUUAAAAGACAAAAAGUAGGCACAUUUCAGAACGCAAAUGAAGAGAGAAAUAUUUCCAACGGUGAAUUUACAUCUCAGAUAAAUCUUGGUACUCAAUGCAAUCCACCAAAAGAUGCUAACGUGGAAGACCGAUUAGUUAAUUGGAUGAGCAUGGAUGAGACUCAGUUUUCGCAUAUUGAUAAGUUGAAAGAUGAUGAUUUAGCUGCGGAUUGUGAUGAUACAGAUGAUAGUGAUGAAGAAGAAGACGGUGAAGAAGUUGAUGCGCACCUUGACCACAAAAAUGGAGAAACUUAUGAGACUGUUGAUCAAAUAGACAUCCAUCAGCAUCAAAAAGGUGUUGAUGAGGGAACACAUACAGCAAGCCUUGGGAAUGUCUUUGUUCGACAGGAUGUGCCAGCGUUCCCAUGUAUAAACCAAGCAACAAGUGCAGAUAGGGAGGCUUACUGCAUCCUGUCUGAUAAUGAACAAGCUCGUAUUAAGAGGGAUUUACAGAAACAAGACAAUAAAGAAACUGAGAACAUUGGAUAUCAAAAGACACCAGCUGAUCAUCCUGUUUUUAAGGAGGAGGCUUGUCAGACAGGGCCUGUAAACAUAUCAUCUACCAGAAAGCCUCCGAAGGUGGCUUUCUGUCCAAAGGAAGUAAAAAGGAUAUUAGAGUCUGAAGCCCUUUUAGUGAAAAACGCCCAGUCUCACACCAUAAGAAAGAUUAUAGUUUUUGCAUCUCUUGGUAUACGGCAUGGCUGUGAAGAUAUGCAUGAAUUAGACUUCAAUCAUUUCACCAUUUUGAAGAAAGGGGAACCAUAUGUGUCUCCGAAAGAUCCUGGGGAACAUGUACUCUAUGAGAAUCCAGGCGUCCGGAGGAAAAUAUUCUUUCCAAAUCGGCAGAACCCAAUAUUAUGUCCUGUUCAAAUACUUGAAGAAGAGAAGGAUAUGCGUCCAUCUGAUCCUAGCUGUCCAUCAUGCUUAUUUUUGUGCAUCAAGUAUGGUGGAAGAACGAGAAAUCUUCCCCAAAAUGAAUAUGUCAGGCAGCGAAUGGGAAGAAACAAGCUAAAAUCUUUUGGCCCAGUUAUGUGCCGAAGGGCAAUGCUAGUCCACAUCCGCAAUGGAAGCUUCUUCUUUAAGGCCUUGGGAAUCACACUUCUGUUUAUGGCUGGUUUUCCUGAUGACUGGGUUCAAAGGGAAACCAAAUACCGGAACUUGGAUUUGCUACAAAAGUAUUACAGGACAGAUGAAGAUGCUGAAGGGGAGAAAUUAUUUCUUUCCCAUCCAGUGCCUUGUGAUACGCAGGCCAGUCCAGGAUUAACUGGGAAGACAGUUUCAGCAAGAUCCAAGGGCAAGAAACAAGCAAACUUCAUAAGUAAGCCUAACAAUCUGCCAAGAUCCUCAGUUCAUCAGUCUUUACCAUCAAGCCCAUCUCCUCCUGCACAGUUUGGACUUAUGGGCUACACAUCAAUUCAAACUCAGGCAACGGCAUCAUUCCAGUCCAUACCACCUCAAACUCCACAGAAUAUCCUACAAGUACCUAACCGAGUAAUUAACAGUUCUACUACCAAUGUCUCUUACAAUAAUCCAACCCCAUACCAUAUGUUCCCACCACAACCAGCAAAUGCUUUCAUGCCUAUGGUAUAUUGGUCUGCGCCGAAUGCAUUUCCUCCUAACCCUUAUGCCUCUACAUAUGGUUACCAAGCUUUUUCGCCCAGUGCAAACUACACCUCCACAUACCCUCACCUUUAUUACAUUCAUCCUCCCUGCAGCUCUUUGAUUCCCAAAAUGACAGAAAGGAAUUGGCAGAAUGACGCUGUCUCGGAAGAAGCUGAUAGCGACUCUGAUGGUAGUUCUAGCAGAACAGAGCCAAAAGAGGCAUUACCAAGCUACAAAUGAUGUAGCGACAGCAAUGUCUUAAAUGUAUAUUAUCGCCCCUGGAAAAAUAAUCCUAGCUGAGAUAGGUCUCACCUACUUCCAAAUUUUAAAGUUCUGUGCAACGUUCAGUCAGUUUAUGCAGUGAAAAAUAUGGUUCCUGAGGCA